AUGCCUCGUCCCGAGACUCCAGAUACUUCGGGUUCAAGCCCGGGAAUGUCAACGCCAGACUCUCACCCUCACUCUACCCCCCCGACUGAUCUCAGAGGCCUCGAAUCUGACACUGAGAUCUCGAGGUUUGUCAUGGGAAGGAAGCUAGCCAUCAUGGCUCAGAGCAACGAAUCUCCCAGCCUGCGUGGGGCUCGGAUCUGGGCUGCCAACAACGCUCGCAGUGGUGGUCAGGACCAGUCUUCUUCCCCUCCUGCGUCUGAGUCUCCUUGGAACCGGUUGUCGGGUGGAUCCACCAGCACUGUUGUCCCUCCUCGAUCUCAUCCCUCUGGCACCAACGUCCUCAGCUAUGCUCCAGCUGGCAGCAGUGUCGAGCAGGAACCGGCUCUUCAGUCUCGUGUCGCUCAGUACAUCCUCCAGAACCCUCCUCCCGGUGCCCCUCUUCGUCUGCCAACUGGUCCUCCCAUUGCCCCUCUUCGCCAGCCAAUUGCUCCUCCCGCAGACCAUGCUACCUCGGCCAGCACUCGUCAGGAGUCUGAUGCCUCCAUCUGGGAGGGCCUCUCUCGUUUCUCUCAGCUCACGAUGAACGAGUCUUCCGCUCCCCGUCGUGUCCAAGCCCCCGAGACACCUCUGCAGCCUCAGUACCAUCCCGUCUGGAACAACCAGAACUUUGAGAACCAGAGUUUCGACAACCAGAGCUUCGACAAUCCCAACCACACCUCGGCCGAGACCGUCAUCUUUCGGAGCCCACCGGCUCAGCAGCAGUCGCCUUCGUCUCCUCGUGGUUUCCGUCCCAUGGCUGCCAUCUCGCACAAUGAGAGAGCCUUUGGCGCCCGCAUCAACCCUCGCGAGGUUCUCCCUGCUGAUCCUCGAGCCUUCUCGACCAACUAUCGCGGAGAGCAUAGCGUUCGCAACGCCAGUGUCGACGACCUGCCUUUCGAGCAGAACUGCGCGCUCUGGCUCACCAACCUUCCCCCCGACGUCACCUACCAGCAGCUCCUGGCUCAGAUCCGCAACGUCGGCCGCAUCUGGUGCACCGUCAUCAACGCCCCUGACUAUGAACGUCACAACACGGCCGCCGCCAAGGUCGUCUUCUUCACGCCCUCUCCCGCCCAGCGCCUCCUCCAGAAGUCUCUCACCCAGGGCCUCGAGGUCAACGGCUACGCUGUCAAGGUCACUCACAACCGAGUCAAGUACGGCGCCCAGACACUGACUGGCAACGCCUCCCGCGUGCUCAUCGUCACGGGCAAGACGACGUUUGUCAACCCCGAGAGUCUAACCGAGUUCUUCAAGGCGCGCUUCGUCUUCGAGGUGGACGAGAUCAUCGAGCUCAUCAACCAGGGCAACCGUCACAAGGGCGGGCGCUCCGUCGUCGAGUACAAGUUUGGAAGUUUCCGGUGCCAGGCCCAGAUGGGCAAGAUGGCCCUGGAGAAGGAUAGACCCGAGGGUUUCGAAAAGGUCGACUUUGGUCCUGACCCCUGCGAGGUCGGCGACACCCUCGCUUCGUACGGGAUCGCUGCGGAGCGCAUCCAGGGCAAGGGUAUCUGA